GCCAACUUAUUGGUCGACGCCACAGGCAGCAUUAUUCGCAUAUCCGACUUCGGGGCGUCUGCGCGUCUGGAAAGCCAGGGUAGCGUUUCCGGUCAAUUUCAGGGCCAGGUGAUCGGAACAUUCGCCUUCAUGGCACCCGAGAGACCGGAGUCUGAGGUUUAA